AAUCAUUGAGUCACGGUGAACUAGAAUAAUUACUUCCAGCAGUUGGAUAAUGAAAUGCGUGAAGCUUAGUUUAUUUGGGGAAACGGAUCUGUAGGAAAUAGGUUGUUAAGAUGAGAAAUCAGAGCCUGUCCUUUUUUUCUGAAACUUUGAUGUAGGUUUCAUGGUAGAAGAACACGGGAGAAAUGUUCUGCUUAGUACAUUAUGUUCUCUGCACUUCAACCACACUUGCAGGCACGCAGGCGCACAACUGCACAGUUAUUACUCCGCGUGUCUGUUUUGAGAAUAUUUCUUAUAAUUUGGGUAUUUGGCGAGUAUGUGCCAGCUUUAAUGUGGAAUUUUAAGUGGUAAUCGUUUCUGUGUUAAUGUGCGUCAUAAUUUUCAUUGCUUUAAAUAUUUACUGCGUUGUGUAUUUAUUUGUGUAUAUAGACACAAUGAUAAAAAGUUUACUCGAAUAUGUAGUAUGCUGGCAUUUUAGGUGCGUAUUAUAAUUUAGGUUUUCAUAUUUAUGGCGCAGUAUUUUGUUUUUUGUUUUUUAAUCGUUGAAAGGUCGUUUCUGGUGUAACAAUAAUCGCCCUUCAGCUUUCUGUGCCCUUUCGGUGCCACUCUUGGAUGACAAGCAUUUUCUCCAAAAACUACGAUUUCAUCACCCAAAACGUAUUCAAAGUCACAAUGACCAUGCAAAAAAUUAAAAUAAACCAACGCAAUAACUCUUCCUCAGACAACAUGUGUGCCGACGCCCCGCCCCAUACGUGGCGCGCGCAUAAUAAAUCCACCCCCGGUGUACCGCCCCUUUGUUGUCACGCAGAGACAGCACGUUCGCGGGCGUGUGAGCGACUUGCAGUCUUGGAUUAGCAAAAUAGCCUACGUAAAUUAGGCUGCAACUGAAAGAACUGACUACUGUAUCAUGUCCCUGUUUUGUGUUGUUUAUAGCCAUCUGUCGCAUGCAUUACAUAUUAUUCAACAAAAUGAUGACGAAGCGUGGGAUUUUUGAUAAACCGUAGCCUAAAUAAAGAUAAUUUGUACACCACUCCAGUUUUCCAACUACAUUGUUUGUUGUGAUGUUACUGCACGACAGAAACGAUUCGGGUGAGAGUCUAUACAGUUAUAAUGUCGUUAAAAAGCCACGUAACAUACGUAAACAUUAAUUCACACGAAAACAUAUGCAAUCCCCAAAUAAAUUGCAUAGGCUAGGCUACUUGACAUGAGUAUUGGGAUUCUAUAUUAUUUCAGUUGCGGUCACUAAUCAACGGGUACCCCAACACGUAUGAAUGAGUCUCCUCGUUGACCAAUGGGCUUUCAGAGUAUGAAAAGAUACUCCUUCCUUUGCCUUUAUUAUUCGUGUGGCUGGACCACAAGCGACAUAUCCGCAUUUAGUGAGCGAGUAGAGAGAGGUGCGGUCUCUCAUGAAUACCAAAACGGUGUUCAGUAGCAACCCGGGGAACUGGGUCAGACAGGCGUCAGGCGCGUGAGAGUGGCAGUACGACUGUGCUAAUAGACGUUUUGGCUCGGCUGACUUUAGCAGAAAAGGAUAUACCGACAUAAGCAUUAAAUUGGCUUUUAGAAUACAUAGUAAAUAUAAUUACAGAAAGAGAUAUUGGACGCUACGCCUUGUGGGUAGUAAUCUCCCCGAAGAAUAUUGGUUUUUGUUGAAUUGACUUAAGGCAGCGAGGUGCUGUCUUAAAAACAAUGUCUGUGGAUUCGACGGUCACCGUCGUUUUGGACUCGGGUCCUCCGAGUUCGUUUCCCGUUGUAUUAAAGAAGAUCAUGGAAAAUCCCCCUCCGAAUAUACUUGAAGAGGGAAACGAAGAGAAAGACAAAGACAAGCUGUGCGAGCCUAGCGACGGAGACAGCGGGGAAGGGGGGGUCAGCGGCGGGAUGGGUCCGUCGGCCGCCCUGACCCCCGCCAUCUGGGACAAGACCAUCCCGUACGACGGGGAGACCUUCCACCUGGAGUACAUGGACCUGGACGAGUUCCUGCUGGAGAACGGCAUCCCGGCGUCCAUGGAGGAGGAGCUGCAGAAGAGCCUGAGCAAGGACGGCCCCGCCCAGGCCGAGGCCAAGGCUCCGCCCACCUCCUCCUCCAGCCCCGCCCCCGCCAAGGAGCCCCCCGUCACCCGGACGGCGCUGACCACGGUCAGCCUCCUCCCCAUCGUGCAGCUGGAGCAGGAAGAGGAGGAGCUGGUGACGGUGACCGUGUCCGAGUCGGGCGACGGCGCCAGGGCAGCGGGCAGCGCAGAGGAGAGCCCCAAGCGGGAGUGCGUGACCCCCACCCCGAUCGACCCCGACGAAAUAGAAGUGGACGUGAACUUCGAGCCGGACCCCACGGACCUGGUGCUGUCGAGCGUGCCGGGCGGCGAGCUGUUCAACCCGCGCAAACACCGCUUCUCUGAGGACGAGCUGAAGCCGCAGCCCAUGAUCAAGAAGGCCAAGAAGGUGUUUGUGCCCAACGAACAGAAGGACGAAAAGUACUGGCAGAGGAGGAGGAAGAACAACGUGGCGGCCAAGCGCUCGCGGGACGCCCGCCGGCUGAAGGAGAACCAGAUAACGGUGCGGGCCGCCUUCCUGGAGCGCGAGAACACCGCGCUGCGACAGGAAGUGGCCGAGCUGCGGAGGGACUACGGCCGCUGCAAGAACGUGCUGGUCCGCUACGAGGACAAGUACGGGCCGCUUGCCCCAAUACAGACAGAGGAGGACGACCUGUAAACCUUUAUUAAUUUGUUUUUUUUUUGUGGCGAGGGGCAAAAAAAAAACAGACGGUAAAGACGUGGCAGUGGAGACACGGAGCAGAGAUGGCAAAAGAGACGAGUACAGGAGUAUGAAUGAGUUUUAAAUAAGCGUUUCUUGUUUUGUUUUUUUACUUAACACUUCCUACGUGUGUGUGUUUGUGUGUGAAUGAGAAGCGUGCAGCUUCUCCUGUAUAUAAACAGUUCUUAACACACCACGCGUUUGCAUUUCUAUGCUGAUGCUUUGUAUUCUUAUCAAAUGUUAGUCAGAUGACUGGCAGUGGUGAAGAGAGAUACUGAGUACAUUUUUAUUGUGACGGAGAGAGUUAUAAAAAUAAGAUUCGUGGAAAGGCACUUAUUUUUAAAAAAAGAAAAAUGGCAAUAACUUGUUCAUGAGUCAGUUUGGUUUAAAUGGGAUUCCUCUGUGUUUACUUGUUUUUGUGAUUUUGACAAGGAGGUGGACAUUCUGUUACCAGAAUAUGUGGUGUUAUAGUGGAUAAGUGGAUUGAGUCAGACAAGUGUUUUCUUAUUGGAGACAUUACUGGCAUAUGGAACAAACCACCACUCAGAGAAGUCGAUUUAGACUGAUAAAGCACAGGAGAUCUGUGUGUCUGCAUAUUUAAAUCUUUCUGUCAUGUACUUCAUACACACGUGCAUCAUAUAUACAGAACCUUUGCUGAUAGACUUGUUGGUCAGAUUGUAAAUUUUGUCAACGGGUAUAAGCAGUCAAUCGUUUUCACUCAUAAAUCCAAGUUACACGCUUCUUGUUUUAGCUCAAAAAAGUAUAGUAUAGUCAUAAGUUACAGCAUUUGUACAUAAUCAGUCUUUUUUUAUUUUUGUGAAAAGAAAAGCAGGAAUACCAUGUGAUGUCAGAUGAAUAACUCCCUUCAAUGUAUUGGUUUUCAACUCAGUUUUGUUUUCUACGUAAAACUUGAAUUUAACUUUAAUUUAUUUGAAACCUCGCCAAUUGUGUAGAAUAUCUUAUUCUUUUAAGAGCAGAAAGACUUCUUCUGAAGCUCAGAGUACAGUGCAUUCAAACAACCGGGACCGGGGUUGAGAACCAGUCUGUGGCUAUAGCAAGCGGCCAGUCUCUCAGUCGCAGUUUCAUGCAAACUGGACGUGCCAGUUUAACCAGGACCCAAACCUUCAAGUGUCUUCAGCCAGUUUGGCACAACACUCAGUCCACCUGUUUACACUGGGAUCACAUCAGAACAUAUCAAACUCCAAAAAAAAACUAUUAUCAGGGUCCAUUCACUGUUAUUGUAAAGCUCUGCUUUAUAUUAAUUCUCCUAUCAAGUACCUCUUCGUGAGAAUUGUCCUGUGAUUCUGAAACAGUAAGGUUGUCUUUUUGUCACACCUGUAAAAAAUGUUGUAAAAGUGCAAUUACAAUGCUUCCAGGCUGUUUCCUUGGCAAAUUUAGCAGUAUGUGUCUCCAGUUAGCCUAGUAGCUGUAAAGAAAUAUUAAAAAUGCAGUUGUAGGAACACUUAUGACAAAAAUCUAAACGAGCGCCUAAAUACAAUAUAACACUGCACAUACUCAUGUCGAUGAUUAAAUGGAAUUUAUAGUCUCACACAAUAGAAAUUCCUGAUAAGAAAAAUAGUUUGCUUUGCUGUGCUAUUAGUAAUUAAAGAUCACUCUGACAGGAAGUUCUGUUCCAUGUGUAGGCAAAGGCAACAUUCAGCAUUCAGAGCCUUGUCAUAUGGCUUACGUGCAAAUGGCAAAAAUGUGUUUUCUCACAGCGACUGUGCAUUUAGCAUUGUAGCCAGACUGAAAACCUGGUUUAAUGCGCAACAAAUUAGAGCUUUGGACAAUUGUUGUUUGAUCAAGCGAUUCUCCUAAUUGGGGUUGUUUUAUGUAAAUGUAAAAGCAUUUCCAUCGUGAUUUUCUUGAUCAGACCGUUUAAAAUAAUGUGAUGUGUCAGUUCUUAAAUACUGUCAUACGGUGUCACUUCAAGGCUACAAAAACUACCUAAAUAUGGUGACCAGAUUGUUGAGACAUUGACAAUUGAGAAAAUGGCUCCAUGUAACUGUUAUGCAAGUCAUUUCAGAGAAUGUUGGCUGUUGUGAAUUUGAGUAAAUUCUGUGAAAUGGUCACAUACUUUCAUACAAUAAAGUACCUUUAACCAAUAGCAAAAUAUAGCACCAAUCUCAAGCUGUUUUGACUAUUUUGCCAUGAAAGCUGUAAUGUUAUAGCAAAUAAACUUUCAUAGUAAUGCCUUGUAAA